AUGAUCGCCGUAAGGCGCUCGUACUCACACCCUGGCACUUCGAAAUUUGUAUUUUCACCUCCGAUGAAGCCGAAGAAACCAAAGUUACAUUACCGUCAGGCUGGUAAUGAUGACGUAAACGUUCCAUUAGUGGAUCGAUUUGGGCCCCAAAAUAUCGAUGAUUUGGCAGUACACAGUAAAAAAAUUGCUGAGGUAAAAAACUGGCUCUUGAAUUAUAAAAACUCUCAACAGCGACAUAAUUCUCUUUUAUUGCUUGGGCCUUCUGGAAGUGGUAAAACAGCCACCGUUAAAGUUUUAUGUAAUGAACUAAAACUUGAACUGAUAGAGUGGGAAUCGCGUGAUCAAUAUGAAGUAUUUUUUGAAGAAACUGGAGAGCAGAGUGUGAAAGAAAUUCCUCAGGCAACUUAUUUAAAGGGUGAAAUGUUCGAGAAUUUCUUGAGGACAGCCAGGUUAAGUUUUCUGGAAUCCCGUCAUAAGCAAAGAGUGAUUCUGGUAGAACAACUUCCGAACAUUUACUACAGAGAGCCGGAAAAACUGCAUGAAAUACUGCGGCGACUUACGACGCAGUCAGGAUGUAUUUUUGUAUUUAUUAUGAGUACAGUCGAUUCCUCUUGGUAUCUUAAUCCAAGAAGGGUUUUACCGCCACAUAUAGUGAGUAAUUUGUCAAUGGACACUAUCACUUUUAACGGAGUUGCAGUAACUCUCUUACAAAAGGCUUUGAAGCGUGUAGUUAGUGGUCUCAACUUAAUGCUUACUCCUGCACAGGUGAAGCGUAUUGCAGAAUCUUCAGAUGGCGAUAUACGUGUAGCGCUGAACAAUUUACAGAUAUCUUUGGGAAAGAACGGACGUUUUAUCGAUAUUCCUCUUUGCUCUUCUUCGUCACAACUCGACGUUUUUCACAGUAUUGGGAAAAUUUUGUAUGCGAAGAGAAUUGAGGAGGUUGACUGUGAAUGGAACAGACAGGAAGAUCUCUUAAGUGGCUCGUUGGGAAUGGCUUAUCGACGUCCAUUUCCUUUGAAGGAUGAUGUUGGGAAGAUUCUUAGGAAAUCUGGAAUGACCGGUGAAAAGCUUACUUCUUUCAUUCAUGAACAUGAACUAGCCUUUGUCAAAACUGUGGAUGAUGUUUCUAAAAUUUUUGAUCACAUAAGCUUGAUCGACUCCGUUUUUGGCUCGUGGGAGGUUCGUAAUGACCCGGCACUUGGCGAGUAUGAAGCGCAGGCUAGUUUCUUUAAAAAUUUACCGACUUUUAGAGGUCAUGAUUUUUUGGGUGAAGGGUAUGAUAUUUUAGCAAAACGUCUGUAUAAUUUUUCCAAACCGAAGUGGAAUUCUAUUCAAUCCAACUGUGAAAUUUUGCGUAAAAAGUGUCUUAGCGCUUUUCCUUGGAUUUCUUCUGGCGAUCUUUUUACGAUAUUGAUUCCAGCUCUGAACUUUAUUGUGGAUGUUGAAUUAGACAUUCGGCAACAGCAAGCACUGGUAGAACUGUACAAAAACUUUCACUUUGGGCAUAUAAGCUCGCAAGGAAAAGUUUCUAAUUCGUCUCGUUUGGGUCUGAAUGAUACUCCUUCUGUAGAUGACGAAGUUAUUGAGAUUGAGGAAAUAGAAGACUCUGAAUGA